AUGGAGAGCAUAUUAGAUGUUUUUGAUGAAGAGGUGAGCUUUGGAGUUAGUGAUGAAUCUGAUGAUGUUGAGAUGAUGGAUUCUGGAGGAGAAGGGAAAACUAAUGACAAGGAAGUAAAGAUGUAUUCAGAAGGCGGAAAUCUUCAACCGGCAAAGAAGACAAGGAGGAAGAGGAAGAGAAGAAUAAGAGUACUUGUUAUCCAAGCUAAUGGAGGUCAGAGGAUUGCUUCAGGUGACCGUAAUAAAUCAGGGGGAGGCGUAUUAUGGAAGCUACUUAAGGCAAGAGACCCCGAUGUCUAUAAGGAGAUAAUGACGAAAGGAAGGGAAUUUGAGAAAACGAAGUAA